CUCUCGUGUGGAGAGAGCUCUAGGGUUUGUUCUUGCGAUGGCCGCAGCUCAUCUGGAUGUCGAUCUCACGCCACGAUCUCCCAAUGCGAGAUUGUGCGCCAACGAUGGCGGGAUGUACGAGUUUUGGCUCAGCGCCCACUCCAAGAUGUUGAAGGAAGCUCGGGUUGGGGCGUCGCGCUUCAGUCUCAAUCCUAGGGGUUUGCUGAUGCCGAAAUACUCCGAUUCUAAUCAGAUCUUUUAUGUGCUCGAAGGAAAUGGUAAAGUAGGACUGACUUUUGCGGAGAGUCCCGGCGAAUGCGUCAAGCUCGUGAAGAAAGGCGAUGCUAUCGCUGUUCCUCACGGCACUGUCAACUGGUGGUUUAACUCUGGCACUUCGAAGUUUAGUGUUUUGUGUCUCGGAGACACGAGCAAAAGCCUCAAAGCUGGAGAAUUCACUGAUUUCUUCCUGGUCGGUCCUGGUAGCGCUGGACUUCUCAAAGGUUUUACUCCGGACUUCAUCGCCCAAGCAUGGGAUGUCCCAGAAGAAACGGUGAAUACUUUGCUCCAUAGCCAGAAGGAAGAGAGGAUUGUUUUGCUCAAGGAAGGCAUUUCUAUGCCGGAGACAACCGAUUUGAGCAACUCUCCCUAUGGAGAGUUUGCUUACAACUGCGAGGAGGCAAAGCUCGACGUGGAUAUAAAAAACGGAGGCAGAGUUUCCGUUGUUUCCAGCGAUAGCUUGCCGAUCUUCAAGCACGUCGGUCUUGGUGCUGAUCUCGUCAAGCUUGAUCCGCAUGCGAUGUGCUCGCCAGGAUUUUCCUCCGACUCCGCGUACCAAGUCACUUACAUUGUCGGUGGAAGCGGUCGAGUCCAAGUCGUGAACCAAAAUGGCGAGAGAGUUAUCGAUCAUAUGCUGGAGCCCGGCUGCCUGUUUAUCGUCCCACGAUUCCACGUCGUCUCAAAGCGAGCAGGAGAAAAUGGAAUGGAAUGGUUCUCGAUCAUCACCACCGAGAAGCCAGUGUUCUCUCAUCUCGCUGGAAGAACUGGCGUGAUCAAGAGCUUGUCGCCCAAAACGAUUUGCGCGGCUUUUAACGUGGAAGAUGGAGUUGAGAAGGAGCUGCGUUCUCGCAGGACAAACGACGCCAUCUUCUUCCCACCCAAAUAAGAUGAGCCCACCUAGUCAAUGCAAGUCAAUACAGAGUCAACUCUGUCAAUGCGCAAUAAAGCUCAUUGAGAAUUUU